AACGUGGAUGGCUGCAAACACGGGCAAAAAAACUGAAUCUGACCUUACAGAUAUGUAUUAUCAACUGUUCAACUUCUAAGGAAUUGGGCUUCAGGUCAAGAUCAAAGUCUACAACUAGGAAGAAGCAAUUUGAAUGGCAAUUAGUAACGUCAUGGUAACAGAUGGCUAUACAGUCUCCUUCUUAUGCCAGCGUAUAAAAAAGCGUGCCUCUUCUAAUGAUCAUUCAAAAAAGCCUCCUGAUUUCGCUGAGGACAUCAAUGUCGGUUGUACCGUUUGGGCCGUGGACCCAGGUGUAACUGAUAUUAUAACAGCCGUGAAUUCGUCUGAUACAGAACGGCUAAGAACCGCAUCGCUUGAUGAAUACUUUCACUUGUGCGGCUUCAAUGAUGCGAACAUUGCUAGAAGACAGCAUCAAAGCAAAAAUGAGACCGUCUUCAAUACGAUCAACAACUUUUCCACUCUUAAAACAACUCUCGUUGAUGAUUUUGUCAAGGCUUCUAAGGAACGCGUCAUAAAUUAUCAAGCAAUAUACGACUAUUAUUCUGCUGAUAGCUGUCAGAUAUGUAGUGCAUGCAAAUAUCGAAGUUUGGAGAAUGUUACGACAGCAGCAACAAAGCGAAGAGUACAUGCUGUAUUGCAGCUGCCAAAAAAAUCUAUGAUUUUCAUGUUUGCUGCAGUAAAUGACAAUCAAAGACCUGCGGUUUUCAAACGAGAUUAGUUCUAUUUUCAUGUGUGAUUGAUAUCACUCCUUCA